GAGCCAGGAGCCCGCUGGACAACAACGCCAACACGAUGGGUGACGGGGGAUUUCUGCUUCCAAACAGCUCCUGGCAGAGGGACAUGUGUCCAGAGCAAGCGCCCGAGCAGGGCCCGGACAGGUUCAGCUAUGACUACGAGACCAUCCGCAACGGGGGCCUCAUCUUCGCUGUCGUGGCUUUUGUCAUCGGGCUCCUCGUCAUCCUCAGCCAGCGGUUCCACUGUGGAGGGAAGAAGAAGAGGCAAGGAAAUGGGGACGACCCGUAGCUGCAGAGCUGCCACGCCACUGUGGAAGCAGAGCUUCAUCCCAAGCAGAGGAGUCCUUGCUAAGGGCCACCCCUUACCUCGCUCCAGUGGAUCCAUUACCUUGCUCACCCCAGGCAAGGCUGGAACACAAAUUGCCCUCAUGCUUUCCCCUCUGGUUAGAUCCUGCAAGAGUUUCUUGGCUAAUAAAGCUGGAGCUGUGAGAGGUUAUGCUCUGUGCCAGAGGCAUUUGAGUCGCCCAC